AUGCUGUGCAGAACAAUGACGAAUGAUCGUCUUACCGUGCACAUCAAUGAGGCAAAGGGACUCACUUGCGGCUCUCACGGUUCAAACCCAGACUGUGUGCUAAGUCUGCAACUCCUCUCGAAGAACCCCAUGCCUGGCCUCAACGUCACCUACGAGACGACCCUCACGCCCAACAGCAGCAACACUGUCGACCCCAAGUUCAACGAGAUGUGCUGUCUUGACGUGGCCAAUGCUGCUGACUCGCAGCUACAAGUGGUGCUGUGGGACAAGGCAGCCCCUGCCGAUGCCGCAAAGGAGCAGACGUUUCUCGGAGAGGUCCUGCUCAAUGUCGGAAAGCUUGAGCCGUAUGCCGGGAGGGACAUCGAGCAGAUUUUCGACGUGAGGAAAUCAAACUGGGUGGGACCAAACAAGGCGAUCUCCGGCAAGCUCUUCCUCAAGUUGAAGUACGACAAGGGAAAUGGGUUGAGAGGCAUGACCUUUACUGUCGACAAGGGUGACAACAGUCAGAACGUCGCAAACGAUCUGGCAAGCUACGGGGAGCAGUUCAAGAACGAGCUUUGCUCCAUCUUCCAGUUGAGCGGAGAUCAGAUUGAGAUGAUCGAUGUCAAGACCUCUCCUACACCAGGAGUCUUCCAAGUCUGCCUCAACGUCCUUCCGAGCCCUGAGGGAAGUCAGCGCACCUCUCUGCUCAUAACCGAUGAAAUCCUCAACGCCUCCAAAGACAAGUCGAGUCCUCUCGCCUCCAGCUCCGUCAUGGCCUCCCUCAAGUCCGUCGCAGCCCACGUGCCGUUCACUGCCAAGACCAAGACCAUGACCGAAGACUCUCCGCUUGUCAACGACAGCGUCAGCGUCCAGACAUGGCGACCAGGUGAGGGGAUCUGCGGUGCUUGCAAGCAGCCUUUUGCAAGGCACGGGCGUGUCGAUGGGAGGCUGGUGUGCCCGACCGUGACGUCGGAGUUGAAGCCCAGCUCCGAGGCGAUCAAGCCCGCUCCCCAGACUGCAGCCUCCCCAAGCUCCAACGCUCCUCUCGCUCAAGGGUUCCAGGUCCCCGACAGCUUCGCUCACCUCCGCAAGGACAUGGAGGUGCUGCAGGCAAACACGCGGACCUUCUCGUCUGAGUCGAUCAGUGCCGCCAACUUCAUCAAGGACAGAUCGGCAGACCUCGACAAGAUCGUUUACUCGCAGAACCAGGCAGCUAGCAAGGACAUAAAUCAAACGUACCUUGAUGCCAUGCAGGCCUUCGAAAGCUUGAUGGAGCAGGACAGGAAAUUUACCACGAGCAUAAGAUCCUUCGAGCAGAGUCUUGCAGCCACUAAGAAGACAGAAGUUCCUCCUCCCAGAGUCAACCUCUCUGCUCCAGCUCCAGCUCCAGCUCCAGCUCCAGCUCCAGCUCCAAUGCCGGUUUCAGCACCAGUUCUAGCUUCUGGCUCCUUCUUUCCUUUCCAGCAAGAUAACGCUUCCUACAUGGCGAAUUUCGUUCAGAUCCCCAGCUACGGGGGCUACCCUGUGAACCAAGCGGACUACGCUGCUCCUGUGAACCAGUUGAUGUACGCUGCUCCCAUGGACCAAGCGGUCUACGCUGCUCCUGUGAACCAGUUGAUGUACGCUGCUCCUGUGGACCAAGCGGUCUUCGCGGCUCCUGUACCCAACGGCGUCGAACUUCAUGUGAAGCUGAGGCUGGACGCGAGGAAGGAGACGAACAUGGCAGAGUUCAUCGGUCUCCUCCUUCAGGACCUCAGCUCCUCUUCCCGCGUCCCCCCGACGGCCUUCCAAGUGCUCGGAAUCCUGGACUCGCAGUUGUCGCCGAUCAUGGAGCAAGUGGUCGUGGGCAGGGAGAGCGUCUACGUGAUCCUCUACCUCGCUAACGACGGCUUCUGCGUGCCAGAGCAUGUGUGUAUGGACCUGAAGCAGCAGAUGAUCGACCCGGAAAGCCGCCUCCUGAACGGGCAUGUGACUAGCCAGUUGCUGUCCAUCACGAGCCCGUCAGUGAGAGGUUGA